GUUAUACUUCUUUCACCAGUUGGAAAGUCCCACAGGGUUUUCUUGUGUUUGUGUGGCUUUUACUACUAUUACUAUGGAGGCACACCAUUUUUGUUCAUCUUUCUCCAUACCCACAUCCAAAAUUCCUUCAAUUCCAUCACAAUCAAGUCAAAUUUAUCGAAUCCCACUAGGUGACCGGAGUUUAAAACUCCGGCAAAUGCGGGGGAGUGGUCAAGAUGGUCGUGGGUGGUCGAUGGUGGAGUGCGCUAAAAGGGGUUCGGCAUCGGAAAUAGAGAGAGAAUUGAAGCUUAAAAUAAAUUCAGAAGAUGAAGAAUGGAUGGGAAUCGUAGAGAGGUGGAGAGAGAAUUGCAAAGAAAGGAAGGGAAUUGUGGAGUUGAUGGAGUGCUUGGAGAGAGAAGCAAUCAUGGGGAAGGAUGACGGCAGAGAACCUGUUGAUUAUAAUCGGAGAGCCUUGAUCUUUGACAAGAGUUCUAGAGUUUUCCAGGCUCUUAAGGAGAGCAACACUCCUCAUGAUUCUUGAGGAUUUGAAAGAAAGUGUGUUUUGAAUCAUUGAAUAAAAUGUAACACUCUAGAACCUGUAUGAUAGUAGUUUCAAUUACCUUGUAUGUACUAGUGGAAAGAUGAAUGAUUUUACUGGUUA